GCGGCUCCUCCUCCUCGUAGUCCUGCGGGCAAAGAGAGCCGCUGCCUCAGAGCGGGCGGGCGGGCCUUUGUCCCUCCGGCUCAGCCGCACACACGGCUAGCGGGUCUGGCCGAGAGGAAGCAAGCGAGCGAGCGCGCGCCCCUUCCCCGGCUUCUCUCCCGCGCGCGCCCGCCUCGCCCCGCAGCCGCGCUCUUGGCAUUGUGACAGGAGCUGAGCUCACCUGCCUCGCAGCCGGCCGGCUUUGGGCUGCGCCUCAGAAGGACCCCGCGAGGGUGAGGAAGAGGAGGAGGAGGAGGAGAAGAAGCACCACCCCGCCUCCUUCUCCCUCCCUCCCUCUCUUCCCUUCUGCAGCCGGCAGAAGAGCGGCUCCUCCGCUCGCCUGCGCCUGACUCCCGUUGCCGCCACCGCCGCCUUUUGUUUGGCUUCUCUCAGCCGCCGGGCGGGCGGGCGGGCGGCGAGUCUCUCCGUUGGCUCCCUUGGGAUGGUUUCGUGGACUUGCUGCUCUACCGGCUGGCGAUGCCCUGCUAGGGCCUCGGCUCGCUAACUGCCAUGUCUCCAGCAGCGGCCACCUCGGGCCCCAGCAAGCGCCAGAGGCCCGGCAGCGCGGCGGCGCCCUAAGCGAGCGGGACGCCGAGCCGGUGGAUGCGGCCGCCGGCAUGUCGGGCGGCAGAGUGGACGGCGGCGGGAGCGGCGCGGCCGCGCAUCGGAGGUCCGAGGCCAGCGAAGGGGUGGCGCAGAGAGACGAGGAGCAGGAAGAAGAUGCGGAGGAAGAUCUCCGAGAUGGAGGAGUCCCUUUCUUCGUCAACCGAGGCGGGUUGCCCGUCAACGAGGCCACCUGGGAGAGGAUGUGGAAGCACGUGGCCAAGAUCCACCCCGAGGGAGAAAGGGUGGCCCUGAGGAUCCGGGGAGCCAGUGACCUGCCCAAGAUUCCCAUACCAAGUGUGCCUACGCUCCAGCCGUCCACUCUUAUCCCUGAGCGCCUGGAAGCUGUACAGCGUUAUAUCAGGGAGCUUCAGUACAAUCACACUGGGACACAGUUCUUUGAAAUCAAGAAAAGCAGGCCUUUGACUGGGCUGAUGGAUCUGGCCAAAGAAAUGACAAAAGAGGCUCUGCCAAUCAAGUGUCUGGAAGCUGUGAUCCUGGGAAUUUACCUCACCAACAACAUGCCAACCCUGGAGCGUUUCCCCAUCAGCUUCAAAACCUACUUCUCAGGGAACUACUUCCGCCAUAUUGUGCUGGGAGUGAACUUUGGGGGCCGCUACGGUGCCCUGGGCAUUAGUCGGCGUGAGGAUCUCAUGUACAAAGCGCCCACCUUCCGCACACUGAGCGAACUGAUCUUUGACUAUGAGGAGGCCUACCGGCGCUGUUGGCACACCCUGAAAAAGGUGAAGCUUGGCCAGUGUGUGUCCCAUGACCCACAUAGUGUGGAGCAGAUUGAGUGGAAGCACUCCAUCUUGGAUGUGGAGAAGCUGGGCCGUGAGGACUUCCGCAAGGAGCUCGAGAGGCAUUCCCGGGACAUGAGGCUGAAGAUCAGCAAAGGAACAGGGCCACCAUCGCCCACCAAGGAUAGGAAGAAGGAUGUGUCAUCCCCACAGCGAAGCCAAUCCAGUCCACAUCGUCGCAACAGCCGGACAGAACGGCGACCAUCUGGAGAGAAGAAGCCUACAGAGCCCAAAGCUAUGCCAGAUCUCAACGGUUACCAAAUCAGAGUAUAAAGAAGUCUUCUCACCAUUCAAGGAUUGCUUUGUGGACACUUGUUUGGACCGAGUCUGCCCACAAGGGGCGCAAAGUGUGGGGGAAGGGGCACAGGGGGCAUGAAGUGCUGUUUUCCUCCGAGGUAUUUCCUGCAAUGCUGACCCCCCAGAGCACUAUUCUGUGGGGUACGGGGCAUUCUGGGAGUUCGCUUCUCUGACUUUUAAAGGGGUGAUUUCCUCCCCCUUUAUAUAUAUAUUUUGUAAUCCAGCAGUUAAACAAACUGCACAAGCAGUGGACUCUGCCAGUCAGUGUUGCAGUGUUGUACAGUAUUGGUAAGAAAAGUCGUCUUUUUUGCUGAGUUGAUGGCGAGACACUUGUGUCCGCCAUCCCAAUGGGAACUGAACUUCUUUUAAUCCCUUUAGAGGGGCAUAUUUUCCACCCUUUAUUUCUGAAAGAAUCAAGCUGGUAUGAGGCCUCGGAGAAGGAGAAGUAGUGUCUGGAAUCAAAAAGCUGAAUCCUGCGGAAGAAUUUUUGAAUUUGUACCUUCUGAGAAUUUUAAUAUUUUUAUCGAGUUGGAGUGAGGAGAAAGCAAGCACCGUCUUUGCAUAUGCCCUGAAACCACCAUCUUGUACUUCUGUUUCAAAUGAUGGAGUGCCUUGUAUGAUGAGAACAACGCUCUCCUGCAGUUCCUGCAGCAAGGUGAAGCUGGCCGGUUUGAUGUCCCAGGAAGUGAGCCUUCAUAGCGGCCAGCUCAGGAGACAUUUCUUGCAUGCAGAAGCCAAUGAAUGAUAGUAGCAUCUUAACUGGCCUAAUUGUGGCCCUUGGCCACUGUGAUGCAUUCAAGAGAUUGGUUGGAGACCAGUUUUCCAUCUCUUUACUUUCUGGUGCUAUUCUGGUGUCUCGAGUGAAUUGGCAGAGCAUCAUAGCCUUUCAAAGUGGGAGUGUGAUGUGGAUGCCAAGAAGAGAUCCAUAUGACUUGACUCCAUAAGUAUUUCUCCCUUUUAAAGAAAAAAGGAUGCUUUGCGCUCCCUCUCUUUUAGCAACACAACCCUUGCUCGUUCUCUUUAUCAAGGUGUUGAUUUGUUGUUGUCAUUUAAAGAUCACACACUGAUUAUUCUUAAGGUAUACCCAUAGCCUUUUUUUAAAUGCAGAUAGUAACAUAUAACUGGGGUACCAGCCACAUCACAUCCUGUGGAUCUAUCACUGUUUGUGCCCUCUUUUCUGGUCCGUCCGUGUGCCCACCACCUCUGCCAAUCGUAUUCUAGAUAAUGAAAAGUGGGGGGUUUUCUAUGUCUGUCCUUGACUGAAGCCUUGUGUUGCCCUUCUGUCUGCCAUAUGUUUUUAGCAGAAAAUUUGUGCCAGUGCACCUGUAAAUCCUUUAAAAAAACUUAAGCCACCUUGUUAAUUAAAUGUGGUAGCACCUCUCAGUGCUCCAUCCAUGUCCCUUUCUCAAAAAACAUGGAUAGAUAGGUGGGCGGGUGGCUGUGGGUGCAGUCGGGACAAUUUCAGCACUUAAUUUAAAGGGGGGGGGAUCUCUGCAUCUGGAAUGGUCCUUGCAGAUAGUGUGUAUGCAGAAGACAUGCCCUGGGAUGAUAAAGGAUGAUAAAUUGAAAUGUGGGGAGGACUAGUAUGGCCACAACCUUAAAAGAAGCCUGCUCUGCAAACAGGGCUGAGAUGUCCCUCCCCGGCAGCAAGUGAAUCUGAGAUGCUGCUGCGACAAAUGAUACUCGCUCUUCACUCAUCCCUGUUGAUUAGCUGAUGGCCUCCUUGGGCUCAAUUGGCUUUCAGAGCAGUGUGAACUCGUCAGUAGCUGAGAGAGGGGACAGUUCACAAAAGGGCUCAUGUAUUAUGUAAGGGACGCAGCUUAAAGCAGUGAGGGGAAACCUGAUGCUCUCCAGAUGGUCUUCUGACUCCCUCUACUCCUAGCCAGCAUGGUCAAUGGCCAGGGAUAAUGGGAGUUGCAGCCCAAUAACUUCUGGAGGGUUGCAAAUUCCCCAUCCCAGCUUCAAGAGUGCAAAGCACUUGCUCCAAAGUAUCAUGUUUCUUAGUUCUCUGGUUCCAUAGGAUUUGUUCUGGUUGUGGAUUUUCCAUCAUCUUUUCCAGGAAGUCUGAUUGCCUUUUACCACUCUUCCAUCCCCC